AUGGAUGGCGGCCUUCAAAAUUUCAAGGUGGCCCUUGCUGCUCUGGCUGCAAUCUUCUUGCGGCUUGGCGGUGCUGAACUGAUAUAUGCAGAGAAAGGCUCUUCGCCGGAGCUGCCAUGUCCUGGUGAACGUGGGGAAGUAUCCUGGUACCUUCAGCAAAGCGGACCCACCCUUCUCUUUUCCAAGCGGGAGAACGGCCCCGUGACUCGUCUCCCAGAGGCCUGGGAUCGCCUCAGGGUGCUUCAAAAUUACUCCCUUCAGUUUAGCAAUGUGACGGACAGCGAUCACGGCAGAUACUGGUGCAGCUCGGUCAAUUAUUACGACCUGGUGGUCACCACAGGCACUAAGCGGAUGCUGGAGAGCAGACGGUCUGAUCUCGUGUGCUACGUCCUGAGCUGCUCUGUCUCGAGCAAGGAAUUAGGCAAUAACGUGGUGAGCUGGUGGGAAGGCAAGAAGGCUCUCCAGCAAGGCGAGAAGGAGAGAGACUACAGCAUCUUCAAAGGUCACAGGGCAUCUCAGCUCCACAUUUGCUUGAGGGAAGGGAAGGAGACUAAAGAGAGAAGAGUGAAGUGCAGCUUUGCUGAGAAGCAGGAGAUCGCCUUCCGUUUGACAGGGAGGGAACAGGAUUCGUGCGGCUGCUGCGGUUGGCUGCCCUUUCCUCCAGGAAAAGUAAAAGGUUCCUUAACGCCUCCAUGUCCAGAAAGUGAAGAAAAUGGGGGCACCUGGAUCCCGCUGGCAGUUUGUGUCACGCUGCAGUCUGUAAUCAUAUUCGUGCUGGGAUUGCUGCUAUGGAGAAGCUGUCGCCAGAAGCAUCCAGCCCACCUUGAGCAGCUCAGGAAAGAUGUUUCCAAGUUGGACGGCACAUCGCAAGUCUAUGUGAAUGUCAGGACCUGAUGAGAGAUGCCUGCUGUGGCGAAGGAAAGCCUUUGGUUCCCAAUGAGUCAGCCCACCCUGGACCACACCCAGUGGAGCUUGUAUGCUGUUAUGACCCUCCGGCAUUAACUUUUUCCAGGCAUUGAUUUUAUCUGUCCUUCCAGGGAAGACUUUCCACCUUGCCAAACCUUCCCUAGAUUUCUGCAUAAUGCUCGUAGAUGGAAGGAUCAGGCACAGAAACCAAUUCUCCCUGCAAGAUAUCUUAUUAUCUGUGUCCGUUUUUCAUUUGAAGCAGUUUCCUGCCUGGUCUCGUGUUGAAUAUUUGGGGAGGCCAUCCUCUCAGCAUCAGGAUUUUGGGAGCGGUUGUACUGUUAACAGUUGGGGCUUAGCCACACUUAUCUUUUGCCUUGCUCCUUCCACAUACAGGUGUGCACUUUGAAGCUCUUUGUCCGAGCUCCACUUUUUCCUCAAUGAAAACCUGCUAUUUACUGUCGAAUCAGAGCAAACUGUAAUCCGCAGAAAACCAGAAAUUGCCAUUGUUGUGCUUCAGCUUUAAAAAGCAGGUUUUUGUGGGAAAAGCUCCAGGGGUGGGUGGGGUGGAGCUCGAACACAGAGCUUUAAAAAUGCCUGGAAAAAAUGCGGGGGGGGGGAGGGGAGGAAAGUGUGGAAAAGCACCCUGCUUAUGCGUGGUGUAGUGGUUAAGAGCGGUGGACUCGUAAUCUGGUGAACCGGGUUCGCUUCCCCGCUCCUCCACAUGCAGCUGCUGGGUGACCUUG